UGAAGGCACGUAGCGCUUCUACUUUUUCAUAAACAGUGAGAUUGUCUGACGCUCAUUGUCAGUCUCAGUCUCAGUGUCUCGGUCUUCGAUAGUCUUCUAUGGUCUUGUAGCGUUCGCGUACAUUUGCGUUUGACGUUCGUGCCUCGAGAAGUUUCUAAUCGGAUAAAUUUCUUGCGAGCGUCACUCGUUAACAAGCGUGAAUAAUCAGUUAUGGCCCGUACCAAGCAAACAGCUCGUAAGUCGACCGGAGGUAAAGCCCCCAGGAAGCAGCUCGCCACCAAAGCGGCGCGUAAAAGCGCGCCGUCCACUGGUGGCGUCAAGAAACCACAUCGUUACAGGCCUGGUACUGUAGCUCUAAGAGAAAUUCGAAGAUAUCAAAAGUCGACAGAGUUGUUGAUUAGGAAAUUGCCGUUCCAACGUUUGGUUCGUGAAAUUGCUCAGGAUUUCAAGACCGAUUUGCGUUUCCAAAGUGCCGCUAUAGGAGCUCUGCAGGAAGCAUCGGAAGCUUAUUUGGUUGGUCUAUUUGAAGAUACCAAUCUAUGCGCCAUUCACGCUAAACGUGUUACUAUUAUGCCGAAAGAUAUUCAGUUAGCGCGACGAAUCCGUGGUGAACGCGCUUAAGUCACUCGUGUUUACGGUGAACUUUUUCAUUUUCUUCUCAUUUGGAUUUGUAUGUCUUUCAACAAUCUAAAAAUUAUAUUCUUAACUUUCUUCCAUAUUAUAUAUUUACCAUAGUUUAUACACUGCCAAUCAUAAUAGUAGAGAUGUCGGGAGAAGAAUAACGAGCGAAUCUGUAGUAGAUAAUUCGAUAAAACACAAUGACAGGUUUCAUGAUAGUUAAAAAGAGUAUAAAAAGAAAAGUAUAAUUUAUUUGUCUUUCACAUAAAAAAAGCACUACAGUAAUAGUAAUUAGUUUUUCAUACUUGGGUAGAUAGAGAAAUAAUAUGUGUAUCAAUAUUGCACAGACUUUGCGUACCCUUUUGUAGAAAAAAAAAUCCAAGGGUUAAUAUUUUUAUUUUAGAACUACUUUAAUCGAUUUUGCUUUCCAGUAAUUUGCAGAUUAUCCAAUUUAUAACACAUCUUUAUGUAUAAAUAAAAUUAUUAAACUUAUUGAUAUGGUCUCUGAAAACGAAAUAUAAAGUAAUUCAAGAUGAAAAUAAUAUGUUUGUGUGUGUGUGUGAUACACACACAUACAUACACUCAUAUACAUAACACGUUCGUGCACGUUCGUUUGUUUAUUUGAAUGCAAGAAAAAGUUUUAGUUUAUCAUAUAGCAUAUGAUUACAUGACACAGAAUAUAGAUGUGUAGUUUUCGUUUUCCAGAUUCCACAAUUUCAAAAAUUAAUGUCAUAUAUAUCUUAUAUACAGCUUAAGAUAACCUUGAAGAUGCGACAAGGAAAGGGUUUGUAAAAAUACUUUUCUAUACAUUGAUAUAUGUUAAAACGUACAUACAUGUAUAUGUAUGUUACGGAAGGAAGGGAAGAGGGAUAUUGCGAGAAAAUGUGAUGUAAUAAAAUGUAUUUUUUCUUUUCCCUUUCUGUAUUUUAAUCCAAGCAAAUUAAUUUUAUACAGGAGAGCUUUCCUCGAAAGUUAUCCGCUGCCCUUUUCGCGUCGAAUCUAUUAUUAUAAGUUACAAUUAUUUUAAUUAUUAAUAAUAAUUACGUAGGCACUAUUGAUAAUUGUAACAUUGCAAAUAAAAUACAUUUUCUAAUGGAUGUAACG